AUGGAUGUGGUUAAUGCUGCCUACAUUGAGUGGGCCCGCUUUUUUGUACUGCAAUCGCUGAACAUGAAUCCACAAUCGCUUGUUGAUCAACCUUCUGUUGUGACAGUGAGUUCUGGACAUCUGCACGUUUUCGGCCCUUCUCGAUCGAUGCAACACUGGCGGCAAAGCCGACGUAAACAAACCGGAAUUCCCGGCUACGAGUGGAGAUUCUGUAACCCCGCACAGAGGGGAACUCGACGGAGCAGAGAAGCAGUGAAUACUGAUACUCAAUGUUCGUCUGAUACAACCCAGGAGAAGGAGAGAGACCAAAUCGAAUGGAAAUGGUUCAUUGAUAGUACGCCGAGUUAUGACUUUGUCUCCCUGGACCAUCGGUUCCCCCUUUUUUUGGUGCGCGACUCAGUCGCAUUGCCGUCAUCACAGCCCAAUCCCACGACCUCCCCGAAGAUCGGGAGACUAGGUCUCCCUCGAUCCGUCUCCCUCACCCCCAAGCCCCCUCCUCCUAGUCUCUAUCCCACUUUGUGCGGGGGUGGAGGUCGAUCGUUUGGAGCGCGCGUUCCCACGUUCCUGCGGCACCGGCAGCGUUUCGGAUGCGCGCGGCGAGCACAGCAGGCGGGCUGUUUUCACACCUUUUUCCUGCAUAACGCAUACCCAGCUUUCCCAUCCACCAAAAAGAUCUCCAUCGACAAACGAAAGACGGCGGGUGUUCCGGUUCUGAAGUCAUCGAACAUCUGA